AUGAGUUCAUAUUGUUUGGAGAAGAUCAACAAAAUAUAACGACGCAAGCAGAGACCAUUUCCACCUUUUGAAUUCUUCCUUUCUAACCUACUUUUACAGUACAACUGCAGUAAUACACGGUGCACAUAUACGUAGACAACACAUGUAUAUAUAUACACAACACAUGCUUACACACUAACUGCGCUGUAACUCUAUCGUUGGUACCAACUUGCACAACUCCAAAUCGAAUAAAUUAAGAAACCAAAAAAAAAAAAAACUCGGAUAAACCCAUGAAACCGUUUGAGUUGUUCGUUGUAGUGACAAUGGUGGCGGCUGUUGCAAUGUCGGGAGCCACCACAAGUCCACUGAGAUUCAACAAAACAUGUGAAGAUGGUGGUUUAGACGUCCAUAUAGGUUUCAAUAUGGUUCUUGAGUUUGGUUUGUAUCGUCGUAGCUGCCCUGAAGCCGAAUCUAUCGUAUACGCGUGGGUGGAAGACGCUGUCUCUCGUGAUUUGAGAAUGGCAGCUUCUCUUCUCCGCCUCCAUUUCCACGACUGCUUUGUCAAUGCGAGUUUCUCUUUGCUUCUCCUACUUUCUCCUUUUAAUUUCCACCAAAAGAUUGGAACCAAUUUUAGGGUGUCAGUGGUGCAGGGAUGUGAUGCAUCGGUGCUGUUGGAUGACAAUGAAGGAUUCGAGGGAGAAAAAACGGCGCCACCGAAUCUCAACUCUCUAAGGGGUUUCGAAGUCAUUGACACAAUCAAGUCGGAGAUUGAGUCCGUCUGUCCGGAGACUGUAUCUUGCGCCGACAUUCUUGCAAUGGCCGCCCGUGAUUCUGUCAUUCUGAGAGGAGGGCCGAGUUGGGAAGUCGAGCUUGGAAGAAAGGAUGCAAAAACAGCGAGCAAAACAGCAGCAGCAAGCAGCCUACCAUCGCCCAAUUCAACAGCACCAAUUCUCAUCUCCAUGUUCCAAAAGCUCGGCCUAUCUCCUUCCGACAUGGUUGCUCUUUCCGGUGCCCAUACACUGGGAAAGGCACGUUGCUCUUCAUUUGCGGCAAGGCUACAGCCAACAGCAGCAGCAAGCCAAGGAGACAACCUCGAGUUCCUGGAGUCUCUCCAGCAGAUAUGCUCGAGUGUUGAUCCAGCAGCGGCGAUCACCCAUCUGGAUUUGGCCACUCCUUCCACUUUCGACAACCGUUACUUCAUCAACCUCCUCUCCGGUGAGGGGCUUCUUCCUUCUGACCAAGCACUUGUGGCUCAAGACCCUCAAACCAGGUCGAUUGUCGAAACCUAUGCAGAAGAUCAGUCUGUGUUCUUCCAAGAUUUCAAGAAUGCUAUGGUCAAAAUGGGAGCUUUAUCCGGAACUGACAACAACGAUGGUGAGAUUAGGAGGGAUUGUAGGACUGUUAACAGCUUCUAAGAGAUAUUAGGCCACAAAGAGAUGAUUUUAAGGAGAAAAAAAGCAGGCUAAUGUUAUAAAUAUUUGGCAUAUAUGAAGAAAAAAAAAACAUGUCUGGACUUCAGACAUGCAUGUCAAAGAAAAACAUAGGGCUCCACCAGAAAACCCAUUUACUAUGAUAUAUAUCUUAGAACCAAAGAGCAUACAAGUACAUGCACAUAUAUUUAAAAUCACAAGCUAAAAGAUGGAAGGAAAAAACACAAGACUCUUAGAGAGAGCUAGCAUUAUUUGACCAAGAUGUACACAAAUAUGAUAUAUGAGGGAGGGAAGAAAUCUUAUGUAAAGCCGGCUUAACUACUCUUACUGACAACAGAGGUCAAACUGAAUAUGUUACAACUCUCACACAGACUAAUCGCUCCUAACUCAACAUUUUCCUUUCAUUUUGGAAUAUAGUUGAUGGGGGGAA